AUGUCCAGCAAAUUAUUCCUGAAGACGUUUAAGUUGGAGAAGAAGCAGAUCUUUAGAAGGCGAGAGGUCUGUGGGCUGCACUCCACCAUCAGAGGAACUUUGUUCUGCAGCAGGCUGAUGGGGCUGUUACCUUUAUUUGGGUUAUGUAACCCAAACAGUCAGAAGUUAAGGUACUCGCUCCGGUCUCCGUACACCAUAUACUACGGCAUUAGUCUCUUUGGGCAGAUAUUGAUGUUUGUCAUGACUUUCUCAUGGCUCACACAGAAUGGGAUUUCGCUUUCGAACAUCACAAACUCCAUGUUCUACACAUCAAGCCUCAUAUCAUUCUUGAUUCUGGUGCACAUCGGUCGCUCGUGGCCGGCGCUGAUGGUGCAGGUCGAGGCUAUAGAGGCCAAGCUGCCACCACUUACUACAAACGUAUCCACUAAGAGCAAUAUCACUAUGAUAUUCAUAUUGACAGCUGCUUUAGUGGAACAUAUCUUGUCAGCUUACUAUGGUUUCACGGUGGCGUACGCGUGUGACUCAAGCAACAUCGCUGAGAAUUACUUUAAGUUCAACAUGCCGUGGAUCUUCGAUUACACGCCCUAUAAUGUAUGGAAAGGGGUGCUUAGUGAGAUUUUUAACCUGCAAUCUACAUUCAUCUGGACAUAUAACGACCUGCUUAUAAUGGUGAUAAGUAUAUACUUGACUGAACACCUGAAGGUGCACAAUGAACUCCUGAAGAAUGCAGCUGUUCAGGAACAUUUCGCUUGCGACGAAUUCCGGACACAAUAUUUGAAUAUUGUGCGCCUAGUAAGACUUAUUAACGGACAAUUCGGUAUUUAUAUUCUGACGUCAUUCGGAAGCAACUUGUAUUGGAUCUGCACUCAAUUAUUCUACAGCCUCAACCAAACUCAGACUGGACAUUUCAUAGCGUGCACAUUCAAAGGUCCCCAGGGAUCCAAGUAAGUGGAAAACUACAAUACUUAGAUAAUUUUGUACGUUUUUUUCCUCAGAGCUCUAAACGGCAUAGAGCACUCCAUAUACUUCACGUACUCCUUCUCGUUCCUGUUGCUCCGGACGCUGCUGGUGCUGCUGCUGGCCGCCAGGAUCCACUCCAACUCGGUGACCCCGCUCUUCAUACUGUACAGAAUACCUAGCUCCAGGUUCCAUGUUGAGGUGGACAGAUUUAUUUCCCAAAUAAAUAACCUGAAAGUGGCCAUGAGUGGUCUGGACUUCUUCUACGUUACGAGAACUAUGAUUUUAACCCUACUUGGAACUGUAGUGACGUACGAGUUGGUGCUGUUGCAAUUUAACAGAUAAACUUAUAAGAAUUAUUUCAUCGAUGAAUCAUUCAAGAUUUUGGAGUUAAAUAAAUUGUGUAACUAGUGUGUUGUAUCAAUAUUUUGUUAUUAAAAGUAUUCAUUUCAAUCGAAAUAGUACAAUAAAGUGGUAGUCUAUUUCCUUGAUUUAUUUGUACCUAGAUAUACCUCAUUACAUACAUAAUAAUAUGCAUAUACCAUAUACCUUGACUAUAAUGCGUAGCAAAAGUUGUUCUGGCAAAUUCAUGUUUCUUUUUGCUUGCUUUAGAGAUCUAUAGACGCAUAUAUCGAAGCAAACAAAAACACAGUGUGGGCGCUAAUAACUCUACAUUUUGAAAAGUCUUUAGUUUAAAAAAGAACUUUAAAAUAAAUUAUUCAUCACAUCCAUUGUCUUUGCAUACACAUUUCACAUUUAAGUAAGGCCGCUUACAAGAUUACGUUACGAUAACAUUCAGUUAAUACAAUGUUAGCUCAGCUUCACAAUCGUUAAACCAUUAUCGUAUGAAUAACAUUGAGCAAAAUUUUUGGGAACAGGGUCCGUGGAAGUGUUAUCUAGAUCUAAAAAUAGAGUAUCAUUUAUGGAAUUUUAUUUCGGCGGGUAAUCUGAGUGACGGAAUUAAUUGAAUACCUAAAUUUAAUCUUCUGCCCACCUUUCAAAAAUAU